AUGAACCAAGGCACGGAGGGCGGAGCGAACGUAUUCGACUACGUGAGCGUUCUGGAGCAACGAGUGGCAUCACUUCAGAGAAAACUGGACUAUGGACAGCUUUCACAGUCCUUGGGCUAUGCUGGUAAUCAUAUCAACUACAACGCGCCAGUGUUGCCGCCCCUUUCGGAAUUUCCACCGCCUCCAUUUGAAGUGACGGCACAUCCGAAGCCCAUGGGGUAUCCGUUCCAGGGCAGUACUCAACUCGCCACUAACAUGGACCCCGCAACGAACGGAUUCACCCACGUUGAGGAUGCUCAUGAGCACGGUGGGAAAGAGGAGGGCUCCGAGGCCGCUGCUGAAAGUCCGACAGUACCAAAUGAUGGCGACAAAGAGUCUCCGGCCGUCAUCGCAAGCGAAGACGAAAGCUCGCGCAGCGAGACCAACAACUAG